UUUAGAGUCAUAAAGUAAGUAAAUGAUUAAUGUCGCUGCAGAAUUGAGACUUAAGGCUGAUCACGGUGAAAGACAAGAGAAACAAGUUUCUCACAGCGACCGGUUCAAAUAUAGAUAGCAUAUACAAAUACAGUAACUACUAAAAGAACUGUUUAGUACUUUUAAGUUUUAUGUGCUUUGGUAGUUCAUGCUGAAACCGCUGUGAAGAAAAGCCAACGCAACCCCUACCCACGUCAUCUGUCCAUCUUUCUGAAUCGAUCAGAAUUGUGAUUACAUGGUUGACCAGCAAUGGAAGAAAACUGAUCAUGUAACUCCGCCCACAACUCCAACCAAAGCCACGCCCUCCCAGUCAACAUCUGCUGAACAGCCGAUGGGUUUGAGCAGCCCAGAGUUAAUAAAAGAACUGAAACAACCUCACACGCUCAAACACGUCUCUGCGAACAAGGGACUGAAAACUGUGUUCUCUGGACGAGGACGACAGAAACAGGAGGCAGAGAGUCAAUCCAAACUGCACUAAAACUCCAGCCAUGGCAGUGACUGUUCAGAAGCCAGUACAGAAAGUUGCUCUGUCAUUGGCUGUCUGUCAGUGCUAAGCCCCACCUACUGUGGUGAUGUCAUUAUGAGCAGCUCUGGUUCUUCAGUGAACACGUCUGUGAUGUUUGUGUGCAAGUAUGAAAGCCAGUUUAUCACUCUGAAUGUUUAUCUGAUGUUUAAGGAAUGUGUGUAAUGUCAUGUCAAAUAAAAAUCAAAUCUCAGGAGGUGUGUGUGUGUUUUUGUCUCAUUUUAAUUCAUAAAUGUGAAAUGCAUUGAUCACAACACUGAAUUGGAAUGAUGGGAAGAGGCAUUUACUAAAUUGAAGUUCAAUACAGUCACACAGGAGGAAUUUCAUUAGCCCAAAAUAGAAUGUGGAAACCAAUAAACUGCAUCAUACAUUUUGAUUAAUUUUGUCCGUUUAUUCUCAGUUCAGACACAAUGCUCUUAACAUGAUUCAAUACUGUCAAAACAAUCAAAAUUUACAGUUUAAAAUUAAAAAAGUAAAUGUUCUAGUAAAAGAAGUGUGUCACUAUGGUCUAUAAAAUAGACAAGGUUUAUUUAUUAAAUAUAAUAAAAUAUUUGCGAUUUCUGCAUUUCAAAAAUUGAUUAUUAAUAUAAUGUAAAUUUCCUUUUAGCAUUACUGUAGUGUCAUUUAUAUUUUAAAUGUACAGUAUUAAUAUAUUUAAUUAUCAUUUUAGUUUAUUUAAGGUUUUUUUUGUUUAAAAUUAUAUUUUUUAUUUCAGUUUUAGUUUGUUAUUUUAGCACUUCAAGUUUAACUAAAUGAAAAUGAGAAAAAAGCUCAUGUUUUUAAUAUUUUAUUAUAUUUCAGUUUACGUUUAUUUUAUUUCAAGUAAUGUAAAAUGUUUUUUAUGGUUUUGGUUAAUGAUAAUAACCCUGGUGUCUGGAAGUAAUCCAUAUGUUUAUGGAUAACUCAUAUUGACAAAUGAAAUGUAUUACUAAAACUACUACACUUAUUUGAAUGUCUUAUUGUAAUUCUAUUUUCUUAAAUUCAAAUUGCGUCCUGUUUGUCACCCCAGUUCAAACUGAGGUAUUUACAUGUUGAGAAUGUGUUUUUAGUUCAGCUCAACCCUGGUCUUUACACAAGCCUGAUUGAGUGACACGCACAGCAGUUCAAAGGUCAUGCUGAUUUGAGAUUUACUCUGUUUAUUAGGAGCAUUAGCCCUGGAGACAAAGGGAGACACGGAGGAGAAACCAGCGGCGAGAGGAGACAUUAUUGCGAUGAGAAUGCGAUGUCGUCUGCGCCGGUGUGUUGUGACCGCAGUCACGUUGAGUCUGCUGCUGUUUCUCAGCUCACUGUGGCUGCCUCAAGGAACAAUUCAGAAUUGUGAGCAGUCGUGGCGGCCUUGUCUAAGUGUGUACACACCAACCAGACAGGUGGUUCGGGCUGCUGUUACUGAUGGUGCUGAUGUGCUUGGAGGAAAUGACAUCAUCGGAGAGUGUGCUGGACAGCAGUUCCAAGUGUCCCGCCUCCUCCUGCAUUUAAACUCCGCCCUCGGCCCCGCCUCCGAUGUGCUGCUGGAUCCGUACCUGCUCUGCUGGGAGGAGCUGAUCAAGUUCAUGGAGUCCCUGGGCCCUCUGGUGGGCUUUUUCACUCAUAAAGUUGAGGAGAAGAUCACACUCAUCCGACAGCUCUCACUGGAAGAAUCUGCCAUCGUUACGACCGAAGAUGCUCAGCACGUAGCCCCGCCCCCUCACCACGCCUACCGCUCGGUGCGCUCCAUGCUAGAGGCCGAGCUGCAGAGGGGCGUGGUCUCCUUCGAUAGACAAACGCCUUCCGGGAGUCGGACUUUGCUCCGCCUCCAUCGCUCGUUGCUGUGGUUACAGCUGCUGCUGGAGAAGCUGGCGACGGAGCGCGAGGGGCGGAGCAUGGGUGAACUGUGCCGCGACGCGUACGUGGAGGUUUUGGCGCCGCAUCAUCCCUGGCUUGUGCAGCGCGCGGCCGAGCUGGUGUUUCGGACGAUGCCUGACCGCAAAGUCUUCCUGCAGCUGGUGUGUGUGCGGACGCAGGAAGAGGCGGAGCCUGUGAUGCGCGUCAUCAUCGCAGCGAUCCGAGAAAUUCACCGACGGACACAGAGAGAGCUGGAGAUCAGAAACAUGCUGGACCUGCCUUAACACACAUGCAAACACUCCCACACAACAUAAAUCUUAAUAUAGGCUGCUAUGUAUCACGAAAUAUUAUAUUCAGCUUAUUUUUCUUCUGAGUAUCUUGCUAUGUGGUUGCUAGGUGUGUUCUUCCUGUCUGGUGUGAAAAGAAUCUGUGAUCUUCUGGUCCAGCAGGUGAAAAUAGUGCGUCUCAUCACUUAUUUGUACACUAGAUGUCGCUGUUUCACAGCGUUUUUAGUUUUGUUUAAUUAUUUAUGAGCGGUUUAUCAGGGAGACAAAACUUGUUAAUAGAUCAUGUAUUCAGGAAACCAAAGACAUUAUUAGAUUACUAGUUUCUGUUGCUCAAACUGUGCGUCAGACAUAAAAAUACUCAAAUGUUACUCAAAAUCAACUUUGUUUCGGAUGUUUCUCCCAAAAUGCCUUGUAGGAUAAAUGCAAAAUAUUAUGUUGUCAUACAGUGAGUAUAGAGCAAUAAAGUGAAUGUUAAUAGCAGCUCAGAUCAUUUGGUCUUAGAAGGAUUUGAUUAGAAAUGAGUCAGUUCAUACUGCUGACUCUUUGAUUUACAGACUAGAGUAUCUUGGUAAAUCUGAAAACAUUGCUGAGAUCUCCUCUGGAACUCUAUAAUAUUAUGAUUGCAUGAUUAUUUGGGUCUUUUCUCGAGAGAAAAUCUGGAACAAAAGUCUGUUCUUGAAUAGCGUUUCUUAACUGGUGGGUCACGACCGAUAAAUGUGCAAGAGGUCUAAUCUGACAGUGAUGAGCAGCAGGGAAGAAACAAUGAUGAAUGCAAACAGGAACAUGCAGCUAGCCGUGUAAUCAUGCGCAGUUAAGAUAGUAAAACAAAUAGACUUAUCAGAAAACACUUCCCGUAUCUUUUGUGGCUGAUGUCAAAGGUUGUCCAAUCAAAGAAAAUUAAUGGCAUGUUGUAGAAACUAAAUUCAAGAGACGUUUAGAAACCAAAACUGUCAAUUGUCCUGUUCAGCUCAUGUCAUACAGUUCAUGAUAAUAUUAAUAAAUUUCAUUUGUUUGAUUUUAAGAAAAUUUAAAUCUAUAAAUUACAUUCAUGUUC